AAGUUACUCCCACUUCGUAAAAUCUGGAGCCGACUGCGACACAAGUUUUUUUAAGGGGGGGGGCUGAGAAAAAAACACGUAGACACUUUGGCAUGUUUGCCAAUGGAUUCAAAAGAUCCUUAUUUUUGGAACUAAGACCGCUUUAAUCUGGUGAUGAAUGCGGCUGUGAAAUUCUGCUCAACUUUCUUGAUUGGACCCGAACAGGACAGAAAAGUGAGAGUCGCUGAGGGGGAUCUCAGUGGACCGGUGUCAAGUUUGACAAGGAAGAAGAAGGGGAACAAGACACACAAAAAAAUCAAGAGGAAUUGUGCCAGCUUUUAAAGAUCUCAUCAAUAGCCGAAGGAUCAUCUGUGAAACAUGGCGAAAAAGUAUGAUUUUCUCUUCAAGUUGUUGCUGAUCGGGGACAGUGGCGUCGGAAAAACAUGUCUGAUCAUUCGCUUCGCUGAGGACAAUUUCAACUCAACCUACAUCUCAACCAUUGGCAUCGACUUUAAAGUAAAAACAAUUGACGUGGAUGGCAAGAAAGUAAAACUGCAAGUAUGGGAUACGGCGGGCCAGGAGAGGUUCAAGACCAUCACCACAGCCUACUACAGAGGAGCCAUGGGCAUCAUCCUGGUGUACGACAUCACUGACGAGAAGUCCUAUGAAAACAUCCAGAACUGGAUGAAGAGCAUCAAAGAAAACGCAUCAGCCGGAGUGAGUCGAAUGUUGUUGGGCAAUAAGUGCGACAUUGAGGCAAAGCGGAAAGUUACCAAGGAGACAGGGGGAAAGCUGGCAAAGGAUCAUGGCAUCAGGUUCUUUGAAACCAGUGCCAAGUCCAGUAUCAACGUUGAGGAGUCCUUUUUGGCAUUGGCACGGGACAUACUUCAGAAAUCCAGCAAAAAAACGGGUCCCACUGGUCGGGAAGUGAAGAUCACCAGCAGCACAGAGAAAAAAACUUCCAAAUGUGCUCUUCUUUAGACAAGACACCCCCUUAUGCACACACACUGCCUUCCAGUUGAAUAUGAACCUGGCAAACACUUGAUGUCUCCAUCUGGUGGCUCGCAUGUUAAACACACACUAGCGCCAAAAAGUAUGUUUUGAACAAAACGUUCCAAAUCCUUAAGCCGAGUCUUUGUUGCAUGAGAUGGUGUGUUGCUUUAUGAAGAAUCCAAUCAACUCCUACUGUGGUCUUCGACAUUUUCAAGCAUCUGCUGCUGCUGAGAUGGACCUUGAGCGUUUCAUUGAUCCUGUUGCAUGUUGAGAAUCAAGCACGAGUAGAAAAGAGAGGGAGGAACGGAAUGGAAAGAGACGAGAAUUCGGUGCAUAAAAGGCUGAGAAUGUGGAAGUUUGUGCAAUAGUGCAGAGAGACGGAUAAAGCGACGACGGAUAAGCCAAGUGUAAGCUUAAGUGAAAUUUAGCAGAAAGGUGAGACGGCAGGUUCCUGCCUACUCAGAAAUGCUGUGAUGACCGCAUCGCAUCAUUUCCUGUAUCUAAAUGGAGUUCAUGCUCGGACACACCAUCAUAUUUACAAUUGGUUUUUGACCACACUUGCUCAAUAAAAAACAAAAACAGUU